AUGGAGUCGCAUCGGCACGCCCUCAAACAGAUAAAUGCGGCGUUGCUGCAACCAUCGAAGUGGUUGGCAUCUUACGAGGAUCUGGUCACGAAAAAUGUCAAUACUGUGGGCCAGAUAGAAUCUGCUCUGAGAUCCUUGACAUAUAUCCUCACUGGUGGGUAUUCUGGUUUCCCCGCUCGUCUCGGCCUUGAAACUGAUGUAUGUUACUCUCCAGGCCGUUAUCGCGAAACCGACCUUCCUUCAGAAUGCGUCCAUUCUGGAGUGCAACUUCUCUCUCUGUAUCAUGACUCGCUUGUUUCGCGGGCCAUCGCUCGACUUCCACCAUCUGUACCUCGUCCUAACCCAACUCCGCAUGCCCGCUAUACGAAGUACUGGACGUCUCGUUCUCCUCUCUACCACAAGGUCGCGCUCACUCUGCAGAUGAUUCAGUAUACUGAGUUGCUCUGGGAGAUGAUUGCGCGACGGCGUGGAGAGAAAGUCCGCUGGCGGGUCGUUGUUAUCAUCGAAAUCGUCAAGGCCCUCUGCCGCUUGAUGCUACUCCGAUUGACCAACUCAAGACCCCUUGUCAGUCCUCCACUUCCCGAACGCGAGGAAGACCCAAGGGCAGCGGAAGCAGACCAGGAUACUGGUGAUUGGAAUGGGAUGGAUACGCCACCAAGCGAAGGGUCUUCUGAGUUAAGCUGGACGAUGCCUCGGACGGGUCUUUCACUUCCGAGUCUUCCUGACGCAAGCGACAUUUCCAAUUAUCUCAUCUCCAAAGUCCUGACAGCAGACGACGUCAAACCUCCAAAGGCGUUGUUACAUCGCGUUACUGGGCAGGGCCAACUUGCGGAAAUACUGUAUAUACUCCGCCCUGUUGUAUAUGCUCUCGCAAUGCAAAAGUGGUCCGGAAACAAGCGAAGCUGGAGUCCUUGGCUGAUCGGCUUUGCCCUGGAGUACGGAAGCCGGCAACUCGCCAAGAAGGACUUCAAGGAACGAGUCGCCGGAGGGCUGCGCGGGCUCACGGGUCUGGAGAGAGAAGAGCUUCGGAAGCGAGGCUGGGCAAUGGGAUGGUGGCUGAUGAGGGGUGCCUUCUACGAAAACAUCACAAAAUUGUGGAUCAAAGGCGCCGCAGAGAAGAUGAAGGGCAAACCUCUAUUAGAUAUCGUGGGAGGAUUACUUGAAGAUUACGAGUAUCUCUGGGACAACUACUAUUUCCCGACCGCCACUCUUUGA